AUGUGUGUCAUCAUGCCCGACCACGCUGACGUCAGCCUCCCGCCGGAUGAGCGAGUCCGAAAACUGAUCCAGGUGGGAAGUGCCGUGGAAGUGAACGAGGACGUCCCGCCGCGACGCUACUACCGCUCCGGAGUGGAGAUCCUCCGCAUGGCGACUGUUUACUCGGAGGAAGGCAAUAUUGAGCAUGCCUUUAUCCUCUACAACAAAUACAUCACGCUCUUCAUUGAGAAGCUGCCACAGCACCGUGAUUAUAAGACUGCUGUCAUACCCGAAAAGAGGGAGACAAUGAGAAAACUGAAAGAAGUAGCCUUCCCCAGGGCUGAAGAGCUCAAGGCGGAGCUGUUAAAGAGGUACGCCAAGGACUAUGCUAAGUACAAGGAGCAGAAGAAGGAGGAGGCAGAAGAAUUUGCACGCAACUUGGCUUUGCAGCAGCAGCUGGAAGAGGAGAAAAAUCGGGUAGCCCUGAUGAAGCAGCAGCAGGCAGAGCAAGAGCAAUUUCAUGCCUUUGAGGAGAUGAUUCGACGACAGGAGCUGGAGAAGGAACGUCUAAGGAUAGUGCAGGAAUUUGGAAAGCCAGAGCCAAGUCCUGAGUCUCUGGACGGGCCCCUCAUCCCUGGUGUGGAAAAGCCCCCGACUGAUUUAAUCCCAAAGGUUCCUGUCUCUCCAGUUCACCCUGCAAGUCCAUCAGCAGCGACUGUCUCAUCCAAGCCUCCUGUCGUGGACAGAUCUUUGAAGCCCAGUGCUCUGGGGAGCACGGAAACCAAUGCAAGUAUGGAUGUCCUUCGCCAGGUCAUCGUCCCUAGGGAGCUCUGCCAGAAAUUCCUCCAGCUGGCUGAUGCCAACACGAUCCGGGGUGUGGAGACAUGUGGGAUCCUCUGCGGUAAGCUGAUGAGGAACGAGUUCACGAUAACCCACGUCAUCGUUCCCAAGCAGUACGGGGGCCCCGAUUAUUGCAACACGGAGAACGAGGAGGAGCUCUUCGUCAUCCAGGAUCAGCACGGCCUUGUUACGCUGGGCUGGAUCCAUACUCACCCCACACAGACAGCCUUCCUCUCCAGCGUUGACCUGCACACCCACUGCUCCUACCAGAUGAUGUUGCCGGAGUCCAUCGCUAUUGUGUGUUCUCCGAAAUACCAGGAGACGGGGUUUUUCAAGCUGACGGAGCAUGGCCUGGAGGAGAUCUCUUCCUGCCGGCAGAAAGGAUUCCACCCGCACCCCAAAGACCCCCCUCUCUUCACUACCUGCAAUCACGUGUCCGUCGUGGAGAGAGACGUGGUCCUGAUGGAUCUCCGAUAGGCCUUAACCAUUUACCCAAAACCAUCGGCCUUCCUUCUAGGCCUAGGAAAACGGUUUUUUUGGGUUUUUUUUCUUCCUGUAGCAGAUGAUUUCUACCGUGU